UGCAGUCAGAGUGAUGCAGAGAUUGAGAAAUAGUGCUUUGCAACGCCCUAUAGAUACGUUGGGAGGGGAAAGAAAAUCCUGAUUUUUAUCUAGAGUUGGAUUGAUUGGAUUUGUUAACGUGGACAGAAUGGCAAUAGUCAACUGCUGUUUCAAACGAGUGUUCAUUUUCUUCAACAUCUUAUUUGGGUUUGCAGGCAUCGUCUUGUUUGGGUUGGGGACGUUGGGAUGUGUCUUGUACAAGCCUCCGGAAGGGUUUGAGCACACAACCUCUGGCAUUCUUUUCCUGUUUUUGAUUGGAGGAGCCACUUUGGCAUUAUCAGUCUUUGGGAUCUAUGGUGCACAGAAGGAGAAGAAAUGGUCAUUAAUUGUGUUUUUCACAGGCCUGGUCCUGGGGUGUCUUGGCCUCCUGCUCAUAUCAAUGACGGUGUCUGUUGGAAUACCUAUGGCCGUUCAAACUGUUGACCAUUUAUUUUAUCAAUCUAUACCACUGGACGAAGCUAGCCAAGAUGUCCAAAAGAUUGUAAAAAAGUUGCAGCCUGAGUUGAAGUGCUGUGGAGUCUUUAAUGGUUACCAGGACUGGGGGAGACAUGUACCAGAUUCCUGCCUGUGUUCUUCAGACAUGGAUACAUGUGAAAGAAUUAAUGGUUCGCAGUUGGCUUCUCACGAUGCCACUGCUCCGGACACACCUUCCCAUGAUGCCACUGCUCCGGACACACCUUCCUAUGACUCGGAGAAGCUGGUGUAUACACCGCCCUGCGGACCCCUCGUGACUGAUUACAUGCACUUUGUGCUUGUCACAAUUCUUGAAGUAUGCAUUGUGUUCGCCAUCAUGGCGUUUGUGGGCAUGGGGAUGUCCAUGGCGAUGAUUUGCCGGAUCAGGAAAGGCAAUUCUCCCGUGACCUUCGGUGCGAACCCCAGCCCUCCAUACACCGAGCUUCUCAACGCCUCGGAAGCCUAGACCUCUGCACUUUUCUUCACCUCAUUUCCUGUGCUACAUCUGAAAUAAAACAUUUCCUGGCCUGGAAAAUGGUUCGUUUAGGUUUUAGGCUUGUUGUUGUUUAGGUAAGUUUACUGGUGGUAGUGAAAAAUAUACUUUUGUGUCAUGGGUUUUCAAAGGAAAUAUGACAUGUUCCUGAAUUGGUUCGCUUGGACAUCUUGACUAGCUACUAAGGUGGCUACUAACAAUUAUUUAUGUUUAGUAAUUAGCGAAGAUCCCCAGAUGAGUGUCGACUGGCAGGAUAGAUUGAAGUCUAGAUUGUACAUGAGUUUUAUAUUACCAUGGCACUGUUAAGGUGGAUAUUUGUUUGAAUACAUGCUUCUUUUUAAUUGUGCACUGAAAACAAACAAGUGAAGAGUCAAAGGUUAGCUCUUAUGUUAGCCAAGGACUCCAUACACAUAUAAACUAAUCCGUAUUGUAUUGUGUUGUAAUUGUCAAAGUGUUUUUUCCAAUUCAUUUUACUUGUAUAGCACUUUUUUCACAAAGACACUUUACAGAGUAUCAGAAUGGCAGAAAGGAAAAGGGCAAACGCUAUGCAAGAGCCCCAAAAUAGCAAAUGCAAGAGGUAAAAAUAAAAACAGUGGGAAAAUAAAAUAAAAAUCCCCAGUGGGAAGAAAUCUCAGGAGGAACCCCGCUAUAGAGGGGGAGUCCAUCCUCCACUGGCCGCCAAUGUGUAAAGUAAAGGCAGGAUGGAUAAAACGGAAGUGUAUUAAGAAAUUUAUUACGGCAAUUUAAAUGGGCUGAACCAGUUCAGUUAAAGCAGAAAACUAUCAAGGACAGUGGGACACCAAAUGAGGGAAUGUAUAGUGAGCUGCUUUUGAGGGGCAGGUUAAGGCAACUGAAGCUCCAGGAGAUAAGGAGGCGGGCACGUGAAUCAGGGGAAAAUGUGUGUUCCAGCCUUGUCAGUACAGAAGAAAAUGGGCAAGGUUCCUGUGUAAGUCUCCUGUCUGUUUUGACUUUUCCGCCAUUAUCUCAUGUUUUUGGGUUGAUUACUGUAUGCAAGGGGGCAGCCUGUAGCCUAGUGGCUAAGGUAUGUGACUGGGACCCGCAAAGUUUGCGGUUCCAGCCCCGGUGUAGCCACAAUAAGAUCCGGAGCACGGCUGCUUGGCCCUUGAGCAAGGCCCUUAACCCUGCAUUGCUCCAGGGGAGGAUUGUCUCCUGCUUAUUUUAAUCAACUGUUAGCCCCUUUGUAAUUUAGCUGGCAAAGUAUUAACUUCUGACAUGGUCGGUAACAACUGGGUGAACGAUGAACCCAUCUGGUUGAAUACAAUUUUAUACUUCUUGUCACUUUGGAGAGGGAAUUAAUACAUUCAUAUUGAAGGUGAAACACUGUGCACGAGAGCUUAUAUAUAUAUUUUUUUUAAUGCUUUUUUUAAAGGUAUAGGGAUAAUACAUAUUUUUACAUCACUGAGUAAAUGGUAAUAAAGAGAUGUUAAGUAA